CCCGUCCAUCGAGUGUCCCUGAUCAAUCCUGGCUGUACUUCAUCAAGGGAUAAUGGUCAGCAUAAUGGCAUAGCUUGGUGUCCUAUCUCGACACCACGCUCUUGCGCUAUGUCUCGUGGACAAGUAACCUUCCAGAAUGCGCGAAAUCUCACUCUAAGAUGAUAGAUCUCUUCUAUCCCCACAAUUAGAUAUGGCAAGCCACCCGGCAGAUCUACGCGAUCAAUCAGAUCUUUGCGCUAGGAGAUCUGCCCUCCAGUCAUUUGGUGCUGGGUAACGAUGUGGGCUGCUACUUCUAUAGUGUGGAAUCAUUUGCAAAUCCUCCUGGUAGUAUCUGCAACCCAACCCCUGAUUCCGCAUUCUCGGCAGGGAACGGCAGCAUACGCGAUCCAUGAUCACAAUGCUUUGGCUGGCUGGCUGGCUGGCUGGUUGUAUUGCGCCGGCUCUUCGCCACGAGGCGCAAGCGCUAAUGCUAAAGAAGGGACCACUGUACACACGUCCAGACACGAAUUAGUCGCACAUUAGCAUCGUAUGCACCCCUUGAGAUUUCUUUCUUUCCGCAAGGCGUCCAGGUUGAGGCUCUGUGCGGAUCUGCGGCAUCUCGUAACCUUCUCUGCCCAGUCCACAGGAUCUUUCGUGUAAUUCGCCCAAAAUUUGAUUUCUUCCGAUGUCAUCUGUAAAACCCAGUGUUUUGGAACAACCCCCAAAGCCCUGCGUUAUGGUAAUUUGGGGAACGAAUCGACACGCGAGACCAUAUGCACAUUGCAACUUUAGGCGCCCUGUCUUCCGCGAGAGGAGCAAAAAAGCUGAAUGCGAGCUGAGACUUCGCGGGAAGCCAGAUACCGUGCCCUCAUAUAGCAAUGAGUCUCCAUGUGGGAGAACAGUUCAAUCUGGGUUGGAUUGUUCUAGCAGUUUGUUCCUGGCAGAAACACAGGCGGUUGUAGGCUUCUCGCAUCUGGCAUGUUACGUUAAAGCGCAAUGA